AUGAAUGAAAGUGAGAUUACGGAGUGCGCUGAAAAGAAUGAAGCUUAUGACGGCGCUCGAUUUGCCCUGGUCGUUUAUAUUGGCACUCCCAUUGCAAUUGUUGGAAUCCUUUUCAAUGGAAUACUGCUGGCGUUGUUUUGCAACAAGAAAUCAGUCCACUCGCACAGUUUUUAUUUACUGUUUCUGGCAAUAUUUGAUAUGCUUAUUUGUAUGCUUUAUAUUCCGUUUUUCACAGUCGACGCGCUGGCUAUUUAUUAUCAGAUCAGUGCACUACACCAUCUUUGGCACACCUAUUUUGGGGCAGUGUACAUGAUGCUGUGUGCGACCUUCGAGCGUUACGUCUAUGUCUCGGGGAAGAUGUCGCUACAUUGGCUUGUUACCGAUAGUGGUCGACUGGUGACAGUAAUUGUUGUUUUAAUAAUUGCUUUUCUCGUCAGGUUACCUGCCUUUUUCGAUUACAGAAUUGCUCACAGCAGGGAUUGCCCUCCAUUUCAGGACUACCUAUUUAUACCUGUGUUAACAAGUUACCCGCUGUAUGCGCAGUAUAAUUUUUAUAUGAUGAGCAUCGUUCAGACUAUAGCACCAUUCAUAUUACUCACACUGUUUAAUAUCACUACUAUAUAUUUGACACGUAAACGGCUCUAUCAUACACCGCUCAAUGCACACGUGGAACUUCCCGGAAUAACCAGUAUGCUAAUGCAGGAGUCCGCGAAUCGGAGGAGCCGUGAAGAGCUGAAAUAUGCUACGCGAACGAUGGUCGCAAUUGUAUUUACUUACCUAAGCUGUAAUGUUUUCUCGGUGUUCGUGUCUGUUGUAGAAAAUGUUUUUCCGGAUAGCUCGAUACUGUACAACAGCGAUGGCUCCAGCACAAAAUUUUAUACGAUAACGGCAGAUUUAAUUAGUAUAUUGGUGGCACUGAACAGUCUACUGAGACUGGUUGUUUAUUUUAUGUGUAACCCACAAUUCAGGAAGCGUUUCAUGCAGCUUUUCCUGAAAUCGAAGUCAUCUUCAGCUUCUUUGUAA